CCGCUUUGUGUUUUGUUUAGUACGUCCAUGUACAUGACACUUCUAAACGUCAAUGUCAAUGAAGUGACUGAUUGCUGAUAAAAUAACUAUUUACCUACUUUAGGUACCUACCCACUUUUAUUGCAAUCAAAUUUAACCAUAUUAGCAAACGAUAUAAUUUGAUUACUUACCCAGAUUGAAUAUGUAUUAUUUUUGUUUAUUGGUUUUGAAAUUCAAUAAACUAUAAAUCACAAUUUGUACAAAGUUAUCUUUUAGUGUUGGAGGUGGUUGAUAAAUAUCUAGGGUGUUCUGGUUUAUGUUUAGCUAGCUAGCUUUAUUUAGUCCACGGUUACCUUUCUAAGUUAAACAAGAUUGCCUUGUGUAUAAUUUCGAUUCAACGACUGAUUAAGUUCUAUUUAUUUAAUUAGCAAGAUCCUUACAAUGGCUAAUAAUAUUGAAGAGAAGGUGGUGAUGACACCAAAAUGUAAAACUGAAAAUUCUACCACAUUAGUUAUUGAGAGGAAAGCUGUAGAAGCUGAGGCCAGUGAUAAGAUUCACGUUGCUGGUGGUGAUCACACUGGUAUUAUUAUAAACAAAGAAAAAGUUUAUGAAAAUGGGGUUAUGGAGCCUUGUCAUGCACAGUUGGAGUUUUGGGUAUACUUAGUAUCAGUAGCCAAUGGAUCUCACACACGGGAGGCUCGUGCAUUACGGUUCUGGUUCAAGCCACAAACACCACCCAGUGAAAGGUCCUACGAAGCUCAAGCAUUUUUUCGUGAACUUGUCAGUCCUCAAGAUUUUCCAAAAGAUUAUGUGGGAUUUAUCAAGAAAAUAAUGAAACUAAUGCAGCAUAAAUAUCAUCAGCUUAAAAUAUUAGAGGUAGAACUAAGACAAGAAGGAGUGGGAUCACCACCACCAGCUUUUAUAGAGGAGUCAAUGUCAUGUCAAACACCAGUUUUAUCAGAACAGAGAGUUCUAGACAUGAUAGAAAAUGCCUAUCCUAAUCCACUGACUGUCGACGAUUUUGUGACGGCUGGCAAAUGGUCUAAGGCUGAAGUUAAGGAUGCAUUAGAGUCUUUAGAAGAGAAAGGUCUCACGAGAGCUAUGUCCGAUGGUUUAUACAUAAGACAACACAGUGUUGAUACCCAGGUGGUGAAACAAAUGCCGACUUUGUGCUCGUCGCGCCAACCGAGCAUAGCAGUCGUCACAGCAUUGUAUUGUGAGAAGCAAGCUGUCGACGCCAUGAUGGACAAUCAGGAGACUUACGUCCGGUAUACAACAGUCGGUGAAUCGAAUGUUUACACUUUGGGAACGAUAGGCGCACACAGAGUGGUAACCACAAAAUUGCCGUCUGUAGGACGAACCAGGGAAGCCAUGACAGCUGCCGGCAACACCACCACAAGACUUCUAGGAAUCUUCCAGAAGGUGGAGUAUGUAUUCCUGGUGGGCGUGGGAGGUGGUGUACCGCAUUAUACAGAUUACGCGAAGCACGUGCGCCUUGGAGACGUAGUUAUUUCCACACCAGCGCCUGAUCUUCCUGAAAAGUACGUCUACAUUUUCUGCGAAAAAGCAGAACGCAACGACAAAGGUGGCUGGGACUAUGAGGUGAAACCGUACAAGCCGCCGAGCUAUUUGCUCCAAGACAUCGCACUACGUCUUACAAAUUCAAACACUACACCUUGGAACGUAUACAUCGAAGAAGGUUUACAGCGUUUGUUCGGCGUGCCCGGCCGCUGGGAAGCACCCGAAGGCGUCACCGAUCGGUUGACGGUGGAUGUGGGCGAAGGCGCGUUCAUAGAGGUGUCGCAUCCCGUACCGCAAGGCGACCAGGUUGAUCGCGGCAACGGGCGGCGCGUCCACUGCGCGCCGGUGGCUGGUGGGCGGGCGGUAGCGGCGGGCGCGGGCGACACGCGCGCUGCCUUCGCCGCGCACGCGCGCGCGCUCGCAUACGACUGCGAGCUGGACGCCGUACUCGACAGCGUGGUGGGCAACAGGAAGGACUGCUUCAUAUCCGUGCGAGGCAUAUCUGACUACCGUGACGGCACUCGUGGCAAAGAAUGGCAGCCGCACGCGUCUCUAGCUGCCGCCGCUGUAAUGAAAGCUAUCAUAUCUGCUAUGGAACCGCCUACUGAUUAAACUAAAUUAACGUGUAAUUACGUCGCGUUGUGGGCCAAUUCUGACAUGAUACUCUAAAUUUAAAAGUAAUUGUCUUUCUGUUUACGCAAUAGCCUCCAUUCAAAAAUAUACUUAACAUGUCCUUUAAUAACAGUACUUUUCAUUCUUAAAAUAACACGAUCAGGUAUUCUAUUGUUAAAUUUUGACUUAAAUUUAGAAAAUCGUGCCCGAAUUAGAUCUUGAUUCAAACUUAAUGGCGACUAUGAAGUUAGCGCAAGGCACGGCACAGUAAAUGCAAUGUAGAAUAAUGUUGGUGCAUAUAGGGGGCAUUCGCAUUAUUUUUAAGAUUUACAAGUCUCUAGAAAGAAAAAAGCAAUGGUGCAGCCUAUCUAUACGCACUAUGUAUUGGCUGCACCAACGCUUCGUAUAUGUCACACUUAUCUGCUCGGUUUUCAUUUACAAUUGUAUAACAAAGCUCAACCCAUUUUUUUUAAUUCGCAUAGUUGCCAACGUUGCUAACUUCACAGCUGCUAUAAAGCUUGAAUCCCACUUCCCACAGUUAGCUCGUCAGAAUAAUCUAAAAAAGAAACUAACAAAAUUCUGUCAAUCGAAUUUCCACCUUUAAGUGGUUAGUCCCAAAGUUCAAAGUAGAUUGCAGAAUUUCUAACGUAUUUUGGAUUAGCCUGACGUACUAAUUGUUAAUACAUUACAUUUUGUAUGUACAACUAGGGCUGUCAAAACAAUAUCUACUUAUUAAAAGCGAUACCAAAUAAGAUUUUGAAACAAAAAUAAAAACAGACAAUAACCAUAAUGAUGCUAAUGUAAUGUUUUGUUAUGUUAGUUACAUAUAACAAAAUUAGAGAUUUACAUGUAUUUUCAUAAGUACGAAGCGAUAAGUCUAAUGCGCAAGCUAAGCACAGGUACUUAGCUAACGCGUCGAUGUAUUUAAACGUAGAUUUAAUGAAGUACUACAUACUUUGAUCGUUCAAAUCAUUCCAAAUUAAAGUUAAUGGAGCGUUUUCCUCGAAUGUGUACGUGUUAUCGCAAAUAAUUCUGUAGUUCUUAUUAUAAUGACAGCCCUAAAUUACCUUAUCUGCCUUAUUUAUUUAUAAGUAUUUAGAAUAUAUUUAUUAAUAUGUUUUACAGAUUAUUGUAUCGAGUGCUUGUACUUGAAAUUAUAUACUGGCGAAUGGUUGUUUUGAACCAAAUAUGAUAUAUCCCCCACACACAUACAAAGUAGAAAAACUGCCAUAUGUUUUAGAUGUAUCUUCCAUAGAAUAUUUAUAUACAUCACUAUGUUCAAUGACAAACGGUCACAAAAUAAUAUAUUAUAUUGACUCGAAAGUAGUUAUAGAAUUACUUAAAAAGUAAUUGAUUCACAGGUUAACUUGCCUUAUAAAUUAAUGGCUGUUAAUAUUAACUAUAGAAAUUGUUUUAUCAUCAAAUAAUUAUUUACACCAAUUAGUGGUAAUUAAAUUAUCCCUUUUAAUAAAACGAACUUGUUGUUAUUGGUGUCUAUUUUGGCAAGAUUCUCCUAACUUAAACAUAAAUUUGACAAAAAUGUAUCCUUGUCAUUUUCUAUACAGAGUGAAAAGGAGACUGAGGAAAUUAGUUUUAAGUUUUAGAGAAUCAUGCAAGAAUCGACACCAUUAUAUUUCAAAACCGAUAUGAUAACUGAUCAACUUGUGUCAAAACAAGUCUUCCUCAUUGGAUCUUAAAUAUUUAUAAUACUAACUAAAAUGACGGGGAUUAAAACAUCAAUAAUACACUUAAAUUAAAAUAAAGGAAGAUACGGUACUCGCGGCUCCAAAGUGUACCGCUUAAAUUGUGGUGCAUGAACACAAUUCACUUUAGUCCCAAUUUAUUUGACAUCCAAACACGUUGUAUGUGCACUCAUUAGGUAUAACAAUAUUGCGUAUAUUCUGUGUUAUAAAGAUACAACAAUGCCUCCGAUGCUUUUAAAAAGAACAAAAAUAGAUCAAGAUCAAAUUACAAAUUCCAUGGCAAUACUUUUCAUUUGAAAAACUAUAAUAACAUUUUUUUCUCAAAAAUCACGGGUUGCAAUGAAUGUUAUUUACUUAUUCGCCAUUUGGUAUCAAGAAAAGAAGUUGUUGAAGCGUACAGUUCUGUCUCGCUCGCUCGAUAAAAUGUUUAUUUACAGAAGUGUGCGUGUGUGAGAGUUGCUGGUGUAGUUGAGCCGGAGGAUAUUAUAGAUGCUAGUAAAAACGUACCGUAUCUUUCCUUUUUGUAAGAAUAUACAUAAUAGCUUCCUUUCUCAUUUAUUUUUAUUCUAAGGACAUUCCUUAUUAUGAUUUAGGUUUAAUAGACAUCACGAGUGUAUUAUUAGCUUAUUAACAUUAAUUGAAUUGCUAUUUUAGUGCUUGCCAGAAUUGCAACAUAUUGUAAGUUCGUUUUACCAUUAUGUAGAAGCAAACUAGUGUUUUAAAUCAUGCACGAGAUUUUAGAAUACUUAUUAUUAUACUUAAGUAACACCGUUUUUUACCUUAGACUUAAACUUUAAUCUGGCUUAAAGGUGCUAUUCCGAUCAUGGCCUAAGUAAAGGCUCGGUAAGUAACAGGCUGCACGAUUGGUUUAUAUUGUAUUUGUAUGAAAUACAUUCCAAACCCGGCUUCAGCUGCACGUGCAGCCGGGCAUCAGCUAAAAGUGAAUCUGCGACCUGCAGUCGUCGACGGCUGCAGACCAGUAGUGCAGCGGCUGCACUUAGUACGCUAGAAUUUAUUUGCUUACUCAGUGGUUAUUAUUACUCAUUCCUCUUAUCAGCUAAAAGAUGCCCUGAUGAGGUGGUAGACAAAAUAUUGAACGAUUCAAAAGAGCUUUCAAUAAGUCAAAUUAAACAAAGUAUAAUUUCAUUUCAUUUAAUAAAAAAAAUAAAAAAUUGUCCACACAUCUGGAGUGAAACUUUUUUUCCUAAAUAACCUAAAGCGGUCUACACACCAAAGCCGCUGACCCGGCGGCACGGAUCGCCGGCCCAACCGCCGCCGGCUUGCGCCCGCGCGGGCAAGCCGGCGGGGCAGCAUACCGAUGCCGACGGCAUCCCUCUCCACUCACUCAGUCAGUUGCCACAGGGAUCAGUCAGGGAUCCACCGAUAAUAACUCCACAAACUGCUAUUAUUAAAUCACUGUUAUCGUCCUCCUCCAUGUCAAUCUGAAAAUACUACUUCUGAAUUAUUCGAAACACACACGUCCAAUCUCUACGACUAUUUGGCAAUUACUAGAACACCACAUGCCGCGGCUGUCGUGCCGCCGGCAAAGUCGUUCGGCUUGGACAUUCUGAAGCCGCCAGGUUAACCCGCCGGCACUAAGCCGCCGGGCUGUGCCGCCGGGUCAGCGGCUUUGUUGUGUAGACCGCUUUACGUUAGGCGGUGCAUAAGGCAUAGGGGAAUGGAGCAGCGCACGCAUCACUGAUAUACAUAUUAUCGCGUGUACGAGUGUCUCGUAGUGUUUCAACCUUCGCCGAGUUACUCUCCAACUUUCAUGCUCGUCGGGAAGAUCUGCGCACGCUUCCCACACACACACACACACACAUAUAAAUAUAUGAUAUAUUUUAGUCGCGUGACGCUUGUCCGUUUCAUCUUUUCCAUUUACACCCCGUCCGAAAAGAAGUUUCACUUCUUUAAUAAAUAUUCUUGAAAUAUAGGAAGCGAUUAGCCCGCGCCUGGUGCCACUAAUACCGUAGCACUUGCAGCUGCGUCGGAAUCAAUACCAACAGCUGCAGGCUGCAUAUGAUAUGCUCGCUGCAAGUGCAGCCUGCAACCAAGAUCGGAAUAGCACCUUAAAAUAGUUCUUUGAUUUGCCAAAUAUGACAAUGACCAAAAUCUUAUUAAGAAAUGGCCUAAAAUAAUUGUUCUGUUUCACAUUUGAUAUAAUCAAGUCUAUGAUAAACUAUCACUGCCAUAAAUGGCCUAUUUAUUGUUAGUUUAAUAUGACAACUGUUGUGAAGUGUUAUAAAAACCAAAGUUUAGACUGUUGGCUGUUUUUUGAACACCAAGUCUAGUCGCCAGGAUUGUGAAUUUGUUAUAACUAUUUAUGUAUCAAGCAUAUUAUUAUUUUUUUAGGAACCACUGAUGUUGUAUUUUCACAUAGUUUUAUCUCAAAUAUUAGAUCUUCCGUUAUUAAUUGCAUGUAUUCUAAUAAAUGUCACAUCUUUUUAAGUUAAUAAAAUGGAGCUGUUGAUUUUACCCUUUUAAUUGUUAGAUACUAUUAGCAAUAACUGUUAUUUAAUAUAGCUAUAAUUUAUUGUAUGUAUAUCUGAAUUAUUCCAUAGUAAUGGCUUUCUUUUUUGUUUUAAUGCACAAAUAAAAUUAUACACAAGAAAUUCCUGUUUCAAUUUAAAUCCUAACUAUCCUCCACACAAAAAUACAUUAAAAAGUAGUUUGUAGAGCACAGAAGUUUCCCACUGAUUGGUACACCGUUAUAUAUGUAUAACCCAAAACAUGGCGUAACUUUGCAUAAUCAUGGUCUAUUUAGCAUUUUGUUGAAAGUGAUCAAAAUCAAGUUUUGUAAUUUAAUGAACAUAAGUACAAACAGAGCAAGCUAAAUAAAUUAAACCCUUUAAAAAC